UAGUUUUUGAAAUUUUAUUGGAAAAUCAAUCGAAUGAUGGAAGCGACACUUAGGAAGGAAACUUGUCAAGCAGUUGCUCAAUAUAUUCUAGGAGUCGAAAGUGUUUCUGAGGACGUUUCUAUUGCUAUAAUAGAGGACACUGAGUAUAGAUUGAGACAACUUCUUCAAGAGUCCGUAAAGUUUAUGAGGAAUUCCAAACGUACAAAGCUCUUACCAAAAGAUAUCAACUCUGCUCUUCGUCUUGAGAAUAUGGAGCCUAUAUUUGGAUAUUCAGCUCCUCGAAGAAAACAGUUUCGUGUAGUAAAAAGCUGUCCUGGUUUGUAUGUGUUAGAUGAUGACUUGGUGGAUUUGAAACGAGCUUUAGACGAACCCCUUCCAAAAGCUCCAUUUGAGCCAGCUUUAGAAGCACAUUGGUUGGCAGUGGAGGGUGUCCAACCAGCCAUUUGGCAGAAUCCUCUAAGAGAUCAGUUGAAAGACGCUAAAACCACAAGUGAAUCGGUUCCUGUUGAAGCAUUGAAGCCUUUAAAACACGCAUUGUCCAAAGAGUUUCAGUUGCUGUAUGAUCACGUUAUUUCCAUUUUACGAGACGAAGAUGGUGAGAAGAAGAAAGCUUGUUUAAGAGAACUUGCGAGACAACCUGGGAUACAGCAAUUAGUUCCCUAUUUCACACUGUAUAUUCAUGAAGAAGUGCGCCUCUAUCACAACUUCACCGAACGUCUCUUUUCUGUUAUGCAACUAACGAGAGCCUUGAUAACGAAUCCGAACAUUCACAUUGAACCAUAUUUGCACCAGGUUAUGCCGUCCGUUCUUACCUGUAUUUUAGGUAAAAAGCUUUGUUCUAGUUGGAUGGAUCCUCAUUGGCACCUUCGUGAUUAUUCUUCGAGUGUUUUGGGUUUUAUUUACAAACACUUUGGUCCAAACUAUGCAACAUUGCAGACAAGAGUGACGAAAACCCUCAUAAGUGCUUUGUUGGAUGAGAAACGUCCAUUAAGUACUCGUUAUGGCGCUAUUGUAGGACUUGUGAGUUUGGGUGUUUGCGAAGUGCAAAUUUGUUUGAUGCCUCACUUACCAUAUUUGUCACAACAAACGGAAGCAGAACUGCAUCGUUCUGAUUUGGAAGACGAACGUAAACUUUCGCUGGCAAAGAUUUAUGGAGCUCUCAUAUUAGCUGCUCAUGUUUGUCUUAAGCAGAAUGAAAUGAAAGGUAUCGAUAGCGAAGUUAGUCGGAAUGAAGACAGCGAUGAUUAUCAAGAAACUAAUAUCUACACUAUUCAUAUAGAAACUUGUCGAAGUUUUGAUACGGAAGAGAAGAAUAGAAUAUUAUCUUUUGUACCCAAGUUUGAUUCUCUUGUAGAAGUUUUAUAUGAACAGUUUGGUGAUUCUAUGUUUCCCACGGUCUCGAACUAUUUCUAAGAUGAAUAUAUAUUUGGUAUAUGUGAGACGCAAAAUAAUAUUUUCCUAAAGGUUUUUUAUGUUUUUA